AUGCUAGGUGCGGUGGCGGGGGACUGUGUAGACAGUCAGGACACGUGUAUACACUGGGCCGGACUGGGGUACUGUGAUGGGGGCAUCUACAAGACCUGGAUGCUGGAAAACUGCAGGAAGUCCUGUAACCAGUGUACCCCAACACCUGUUGACAUCUGCAAAGGACCGGUUGGUCAGGACUGGACUCUGACGAAAGUGGCUUACGACCUGGGCAAACAGGAGUUGAAGAGUGCUCGCCACGACAUUGGCUGUGUGACAGUAAGUGAUGGCGGGUCCGGCAGUUUCUCUGCCGCUGGAUCGAAUGUCCAGUCGGCAAAAUUCACCUACAAGUCUGGAGUAAAAGUGCUGUACGGAGUUAAAUUGAACAUGGUUGUGCCAGUGGUUUCUGACGACGGUAAACCCUCCAUCUCUACAAAGACACAAAACCUGAUUGCCGGACAACCUAACUGGAGUUACAGCAGUUACAGUGGUUCUUGGAACUGUCAGGCGGGUCCUGGCCAAUCAAAGACCUGCACGGCUUUUGUGAACAAGUUUGAUGUCACCACACCCUACACAGAAACCUGGCAGGCCCCAGGACAAGUCUGCUCAGCUGAGAGCAAAGGGGAGCUCGUUCAGGAACUCUGGGGACAACCCAUCGUCCUGAACUAAUUCUGGGGGCGAUAUAUUUUGAAUAUUUUUCGAGUUAAGGGUUGAGAUUUCGAUU